UAAAUAAAUAGUAUUACUUAGCACCAUGUACAACGUGCCGAUAGCCUCAGGUUACUCAUGCGACCUCACUCGUUCGCGCCGUCUCUCGGCCACUCAUUCACUGAGUGUGCACAACAUACAUUACAACAUCAAACCAAGACUGAUCAAGAUGUUUCUUAGAAUAUUCCUUCUAUGUGCGCUUCUAACGAUCGUGGCAUCAAAGAGUGUUAUAGUUGGACAAGUAAGCGAUUACAAUGGAAUCGUAAGAAAAGUCUUCGAAAAACCUGUAUCGUCCGCUGCUAUACCUUUUUUCAAACGAGAACAAGAGAUCUAUUUCGAAUAUCCAGUCGGCGAUCAGAAAAUAAAAGGCAUAGUAAUAAGGGACUUGGAUAACGGUUUGGCUGAACCUUCAAUAAACCGAGGUGGAAUAGGAUUCCCGUUUGCAAAUAUCAAGCUAAUAAGUGAAAGAGGUUCCGGAUUGAACUAUCAGAUCGAAAUAUACGCUUAAAUUUAAUGCAGAAUUAGUUGUGAUGUGCCCAAACGUACAAAUACUCUGUUUAAAGUUGGUAAGGUCUAUCUGAAUAUAUUUAAUUAUAAAACGAUUAAAUAAUUAAAAUUGUUGAAAUUGAAUAAAAUGUACUGAAACUUU